AGCUGGGCUCACUUUUUAUACCUCACCAACAUCCCCAAAAGCCCCACACACUCUUUUUCUCUCUCUCCCUCUCUCUCUCUCUCCCUAAAAAAAAACUCCUCCAUUUCUCUCUCUCUCUCUUCUCAUGGCCGCCUCCAGGGAGGGACACUACAGAGGAGUGAGAAAGAGGCCGUGGGGUCGCUACGCCGCCGAGAUCCGCGACCCGUGGAAGAAAACCCGCGUCUGGCUGGGCACCUUCGACACCCCCGAAGAGGCAGCCUUGGCCUACGACGGCGCCGCCCGUUCCCUCCGCGGCGCCAAGGCCAAGACCAAUUUCCCUCCUCCGCCGCCGCCCCCGACCGCGCUGUCGCUCGACCUCAACCUCCCGUCCGAUCACAGCCGCGGCCGGUGGGUCUCGCCGGACGGUCGUGUGGCCUUCCGUGAGUUCCUCCAGACCGCCAUCCUCAACGGCGCAAGCGCGAAUAAUAUGGAGUCGCCGGCGAACAACGAGUACGGCGGGGUUCCGGCGCCGGUGAGUGAGGUUCAGGCGGGGUAUUUUGGGGUUUUGAGACGUGGGUUGGCGAUUGAUUUGAACAAGCCGCCGCCAUUGUCGCUGUGAUGAUGGAAUCGCUUCUGGGCGUCGUCGUUUCCCUUCGGAAUGUAGUCUGUUUUUCCAAUGAUUUUCUCGUGUUUGUUUAGCAUUGCGAGAGAGAGAGAGAGAGUGAGAGAGAAGAAGUGGUGAGGAAGGAGGAUUUCAGGAAACUGAGAGGAUUAGCUUUGUCUGUAUAUAUGCUGCUUAUUGUGCUUCUUUAUGUAACUGAUGAUGAUUAACCUCUUCUCUCAGUUCAUUCCAA